AACAACUUUCUUUCCAUGGCAAUUCUCACCUUUUUCAUCUUCUCUUCAUAUUUCCAAAAAGCAAAUGGAAACACUUCAGUUUCUGUUUCUGAAAACACCAGAGAAACACUCGAAAUCAUAAUCGGUGGCGGCUUUUACCCACCUUAUUUCUCCCCUCCUCCAGAAUCCGAAUGCCCUCCCCCUUCACCUCCCCCAGUAGAAUGCCCUCCUCCACCAUCACCACCACCUCCAUCUCCCCCUCCACCUUUCCCUCCUCCACCAUCACCACCACCUCCAUCUCCCCCUCCACCUCCCCCAGUAAAAUCCCCUCCUCCACCACCGCCACCACCUCCUCCUCCCCGUAAGCCGCGAACUGUAAGCAGACUUGAACGGGCCUAUAUGGUACUCCGAAGAUUCAAAAAAACAGUAACCUCCGACCCCUAUGGCAUCAUCAAAACAUGGAAUGGCAAGAAUGUCUGCAAGUACAGGGGCGUCCGCUGCGACAAAUUCCCCACUGAUAAGAGGCUCACAGUUUCCGGCGUCAACUUGAACGGGGGCAACCUCAAUGGCAAUCCACUGACCCCCGUUGGCUUCCUUGAUCAACUACCGGACCUCGCCUACUUCCACGUCAACUCCAACAACUUCACCGGUUCCAAAAUCGACAAAAUUUCCAAAUUUCGCUUUUUCUUCGAGCUCGACUUGAGCAACAACAUGCUCACCGGGCCGUUCCCAGACUCCGUUCUUGGCGCCAGCCAGCUAACCUUCUUGGACCUCCGGUUCAACUCCAUCAUCGGUCCGGUUAAUCCUCGAGUGUUCAAUCUCAACCUCGACGCACUCUUCCUCAACAACAACCAGUUUACCGGGGAAAUACCGGACAAUCUGGGAAACACCUCUGCUCUUUACCUCACCUUGGCGAACAACCAAUUCACCGGUCCAAUCCCAAAAAGCAUCGGCCAAGCUAAAAUCAAUUUGCUGGAGGUGUUGCUCUUGAACAACAAACUGUCUGGUUGUCUUCCGUAUGAAAUCGGGUUGUUGAAGAUAGCAACUGUCUUCGAUGCCAGCAUGAACCAGUUGACAGGUCCCAUUCCGCGCUCUUUCGGGUGUUUGGAGAAGAUGCAGCUGCUGAACUUGUCAUUUAACAAGUUGUAUGGGACGGUACCGGAAGAGCUGUGCCAGCUCGAUGACCUGUCGAAUCUUACUCUGAGUUUCAACUACUUCACACAGGUAGGUCCAGAUUGCAGAGAGCUGAUCAAGAAGAACGUGCUGGACGUUAGGAUGAAUUGCAUUCUGGACCUACCUUUUCAGAAAAGUAAGGCUGAAUGUGCCGCUUUUUUCUCAAUCAAGAGGUCGUGCCCGGAUGAAAAGUCUAUGACUUACUUACCAUGUAAUAUUGAGGAUUUUGCUUCGAGGAAAGCAUCGUCUGAUGGAGAGAUACUAAUGCCGCCCGUGCCUGCUCCGUCGCCUUCUUACGCUGCUCUGGAAAGGUAUCGUAAGAUGGAUUUGCCUUAAUUGUUGGUUCAGUCCCCUGUUGUUCAUCCAAACUCCAACUACCAUUGUUGGUGACAAGACUAUCAUAUAUGCUGCCGAUUAUGUUUAUAGUUAUGUGUAUGCAGCAAUGCAAUAAAUAAGAAAUUUAGUUUAAUUAUUAAUUGAAAUGAACAAGUGUAAUUUCUUCUCUAGGGGGAGAUAUAGAUAUUUAAGGUUUACGAGCAUUUUCAACUCUGUCCAUCAAUUUUUCAUCAAAUUUGAAUAAAAAUUUCCUUUGAAAAAUUGAUGUGACUUGUCAUCAAAUCUCAACCACACAAUGUACCACUCUAGGAAACUUUAAGGAAAAAAAAACUCUAGAAAAUCCUUACUCUUGAUAUUAAGUA